CCAGUGUACCGUUAGCUUUAGCUCGCCAGUUUGCAGCAAGUAGGAAGGGCUUGGAUGUAGCGUUCGGUUGCAAGUUGUGUUGUUGUCAGUAUAGCUAGUAACCUUUCAAUUAUGCACCCAACUUAAAUGUAACACUAGUGAACUGGACUUAUUCAAAACCUAAGCUGCAUCUAGGUUGUUUGAUGGCCAAUUAAUCACUGACGGUGAGCUUUUCCAGUAGGUCAGCAGUGCCCUUUGCUAACACGUCAGCUAGCGAAGCCAUCUACAGCAAUAACGUUAGAAGACGGAGGCGAGUUGUGGGAAAAUGUACUGUUUAUUGCACCGAAGUGUAGAGACUUUCCAUUCUGGGACUGCUGAGGCUCAAAGGAGGGUCUGACUGCACUGGGUCUGAGAGGAGAUGGGAGCUAUAGUAUCCCGGUGGAGGGCUAAGCCCACCACUGUUGAAGUGUUAGAAGGCAUUGAUAAGGACAUACAGGCCUAUGAAGAAUACAGUGAAAAGAAUCAGAGACAGUUGAAGAUAUGGGUGACAAGGCUCCUCUUCUACUCAGUCCUCCUCUACCUCAUCAGCUGUGUUGUUGUUUAUGUGUGGUACCUCCCAGAGCAGAUGAUUGGAAGGCUCAUCCUGGCACUGCCAUUUCUAGUGUUUCCAAUAUUAAUAUGGCUCCUGAGGAAACUCAUGAUCGCUUUGUUUUCUAAAAGAUCAGAACGAAAUAAUGAGAAAUUAGAAGACCUUAAAUCACAAAAAAGAAAAAUUCUUGAACAGGUGAUGGAAACAGAAACCUACAAAAAUGCUAAACUCAUUCUGGAAAGGUUCGAUCCGGACUCAAAGAAAAAGCAUGAGAUGGAAUCUACGCCGCAUGGGCCACCUAUGACCCCUCGACCAGGCCAAGAGCUCCGCCAGAGAAUUGUCACUCCACGUCCAAUGCCUAUGGUGGCCCCCAGUCCUGGCCCCGCACGCCUUCCCCCCAUUGUACCAGCCACUAAAUCCUCCAGCACACCCCACCACACGGCUCCUGGCGGCCCCCCAGAGAGGACCCUGGCUGCUGCGGCCGCCCAGCAGACCUUCAUCAGAAGACCCAUGACCCCUGGAACUCCAGUGCCUGGCAUGGGCAUGCACCCCCCUGGUCCACCCCUUGCCAGACCUGUUCUCCCCCGAGAGAGGGGUGCCAUGGACAGGGUCAUUGAGUACUUUGUUGGGGAUGGUCCACAGAACAGAUAUGCCCUUAUAUGCCAGCAGUGCCUUUCGCAUAACGGCAUGGCAUUAAAAGAGGAAUUUGAAUACAUCGCGUUCCGUUGUGCCUACUGCUAUUUCUUGAACCCGGCGAGGAAGACGCGUCCUCAGGCCCCACGCCUGCUCGAGCCCAGCGCUGAGAGGAGGAUGAUCGCUGACCCCGCCGCCAACGCACCUGCAGCCCCCGCCGCCGAACCUGACCCCACCCCCGCCACCACAGAGGAGAGCGAGACUGCCGCAGCCGAGUGUGAGGUCCCGGAGUCGGAGAAGCAGGAGUCCGCUCCCGAGGAGACCGUCACUGAGGAGUCCGCUCCCAAGGAGUCGGCCACGGAGGAGCCCGCCACAGACACUCCCCAAAGCCCAGAGCCAAAAGAUCCCCAGUCAGACAAGUCAGAUGAGGAGCAUGAUGUGUCUGCCAUGGAGGUGGAGUGAAGAGGACGUCUACGAGCCGGAUGAAUUUCACGUUGUGUUUGCGUAUGAGGAAUGCCCAGUCCCAAGCAUUUUGCCCGCUCCCUAUUUUGGUGUAGUUGAGUUUUGUUUAAUUCAUUUCUCUUUUUGUUAUUUUCUCUUUUACGCUCUUAAUAAUGGAUCAUCAAUGCUGUAUGUGAUGCAGAAAGCGGUCACAAAUUCUGGAAAUGCCAACGGAAGAAUGAAAAAAGGGAUUGUAUGUAAAUAUUCAGAAAUAUUAGAGAUGGUGUUCAUGAGAAUAAAGUCUGUAUGAAUUAGUUCAAGUAGCCAAGCCCUCAGCUUCUAUACUGUUAUACACCUCUUCUGUUUUCACUGGAGUAGAAUUAACUAACCCUGGCAAGGACUGGCCUAAGUUUGUUCACAUUCAGUAGGAAUAAGCACAGUUUUAGCAAUGAGUGAGUUUUUUUUUCCUGUUGUCUGAAAGAGAAAAACACUGUUGUGUUUCAUGUUUGAAUGUAUUUUCUGUGUGCUAGUUUUCAUACAAUAAUGAAAUAUACAAUUUCUGAUGUACUGAUGAAUAUUUAUAAUAUUUAUACAAAAUAUUUAGGUCUCUGGUACAGUGCCUUUCAUGGAAAGUAUUGAGUUGGUCUUUGAUAGUCACCAACCACAUGUUUACAGAUCUGGUACACUCAUAGGAAUGUUAAGGGGUUAUUUAUUUCAUCCAAGGAAGCUGUCCACAAAAUAGUAAACCUUAGUGCCUUUAUACUUUGCAUUUGUCGAGAUAAAGAAAUAUAUGCGAAGUGUGUUAUUUUUUUCAAACUGUAGCCAAUACACUCAUGAAGAGAUAAAUGCCAUGGAUUGUCAAUAAAGUAUUUUUAAAGAG